ACCUGCGCCGCUUUUCGUAGCACGAGGUCAGAGGCUGAAUCCAGCAUGGAGUCCAUCAUCUCAAAACGUAUGUAAACGAAGAGUCGAAAAACCUCAUCUUUCCUCUAGCGAGCAACGUACGACAGUGAAUACAGGCGAUGCCGGCUGCCUGCGACUCCCAUGUGGACGACAUCGAGGACAUGGUGUCGGGGCUGGAGCCUACGCCCCAUGACCGUCUAUCUGCCAGGCGGGGCAUUGUGCCUCGGCCACGGAAAAAAAACCAGAAGGAGGAGGCGGAGGAGCUGAAGGUGGACAGUGUCAUCCCCGGUACUCAGAAGAUCUGGGUGAAGACGUGGGGAUGCUCCCACAACAACUCCGACGGCGAGUACAUGGCUGGCCAGCUGGCCGCUGGUGGCUACACCGUAACGGAGGAUCCAGCUCAUGCAGACGUCUGGCUCCUCAACAGCUGUACGGUGAAGAACCCGGCUGAAGACCACUUCAGGAACACCAUAAAGCCUGAACUGAAAAAGAGAAUGAUCCCAGAAGAGGAUCCAGCUCAUGCAGACGUCUGGCUCCUCAACAGCUGUACGGUGAAGAACCCGGCUGAAGACCACUUCAGGAACACCAUAAACGCGAGCUCGUCUGUCGAUGGCAUCAAUGGGGGCCACCGGGAGUUCAGCUCCAGGCACUGGGACAGAACCCGGAUCCUUGAGCCCAUCACUGGGCCCCACUGGCACUCAGUUCGUCUUCUGGGUCAGAAGAAGGAUAAUGGCAAGCGCCUGGGGGGGGCCCGUCUGGACCUGCCGAAGAUCAGGAAGAACCCGCUGAUCGAGAUCAUCUCCAUCAACACAGGGUGCCUGAACGCCUGCACGUACUGCAAAACCAAGCAUGCCAGGGGCAACCUGGCCAGCUACCCCGUGGAGCAGCUUGUGGACAGAACCCGGCAGUCCUUCCUGGAGGGUGUGUGUGAGAUCUGGCUCACCAGCGAGGACACGGGCGCCUACGGGAAGGACAUCGGCACGGACCUGCCCUCGCUGCUUUGGAGGAUGCUGGAGGUGAUCCCUGAGGGCGCCAGGCUGCGUCUGGGCAUGACCAACCCUCCCUACAUCCUGGAACACCUGGAGGAGAUGGCGAAGAUCCUGAGCCACCCCCGGGUGUACGCCUUCCUCCAUGUGCCCGUGCAGUCAGCCUCCGACAGCGUCCUCAUGGACAUGAAGCGGGAAUACUGCAUCGCUGACUUCCGCCGCGUCGUUGACUUCCUCGCAGAAAGGGUCCCCGGCAUCACCAUCGCCACCGACAUCAUCUGCGGCUUCCCUGGGGAGACGGACGCCGACUUCCGUGAGACGCUGGCGCUGGUGGAGGAGUACCGAUUCCCCUCCCUCUUCAUCAACCAGUUCUACCCCCGGCCGGGCACCCCCGCCGCCAGGAUGGAGCAGGUUCCUGCCCACGUGAAAAAACAAAGGACGAAAGAGCUGUCCCAGCUGUUCCAGUCCUACAACCCCUACAAUCACAAGGUCGGGGAAAGGCAUCGCGUCCUUGUCACCGAGGAGUCGUUCGACACCCAUUACUAUGUGGGCCACAACAAAUUCUACGAGCAGGUCCUGGUUCCGAAAAUCCCGGAGUUUAAGGGUAAGAUGAUCGAGGUGGACAUCUAUGAGACCGGCAAACACUUCAUGAAGGGCCAACCCGUCGAGGCCGGUGAGGUCUUCACCCCUUCCAUCGCUCUACCUCUGAAGAAAGGGGAGGUCUCCGGGCUAACGCAGGAGUGGGUGACUUCCUGUCAGAACAGCACCAUGCCGGGCGGGUCGGGUCAUUCGUGGACCCUGAGUGGCAUCAUGCUGAAGUUGCUGUCUGUGGGGGUUGCCCUGAUGGCCGUCGCUCUCGCCGUCACCAUGAAGCUCUGGUGAAGCCCCCAGCAUAUUCGCCCCCCCCAUGCUAAACUGGAAGGGAGAGCUCUGACUGUCAGAUAUUUAUUUUGUUUUUAACAAAAAAAUAUGAGGGACAUGAGAUUAUCUUUUUGGUAAUGAGUUCCCAUAAAAGUAGGCCAUCCUAUUUCAAAAAACACUUUGUAAUGUUUGUUCAAAGACUGUUUUCCAUUGCUUUUAAUCGCAGUCUGUAUACCCCCCCACCCACAACAGCAAACACUGAUAUUAGAUUCUUUUUUUAAAUCUUAGCCGUGUUUUAUUUUCAGAAGCAUAUUGUCUUACCUUGAUAGUUCCUCAUAUUUUCUGCCUCUUUUUGAAAACUUACGGCAUCCAAUACAAGCCGAUUUCACACAAUC